AUGGGUGCACCGACUUACACAGUGCCACCGUCGUUCAUUUCUUCUCCGAAUAGGUUUGGCGUUUUGCUUUUUUUUCGCGAUAUUGUGGCGCAGAUGAGUUGUGGGUAUAUGCCAAUGAUUGACGAACGCUUUAUGGUGCCUCCUCCCCCUCCGUCAGCGACAUUCGCACAUAUCUGUCCACCACCUCCAGUACCGAUGAUUUUAUCAGCAAAUUCAGUCAUUCCUGGUUACGCACCGCAACCACCACAACGAGUCUAUCAGGUACUGAUUUAA